AAGAGUCGGGUCAAAGCAGAAGCCUCUUAGAAAUGAACAAGGCGGGGGAGAAAUUAAUUUCUUGUUUGAAUUCGUCUUCGUCUUCGUCUUCGCCAUCCAUUCAAGACUCCUUACACCCAACUCAUAAAUACUAAUACCUCUCAUCCUAUAAGCCAACCAAAAACCCACUUUGGUACUUGUUCUUAAUUAAUUAGCUAAAUCGCCUUGUUCUGUCAAAGAAAGCUCGUCAGAAAAUAAAUGGAAGAUGCUUCGAGCGGUAAACUUGAUCAGUCAGGUGCGUUAGCUUUCAUAGGAAAGAUUGUGGUGGGGGUAAUCGUAUUUCUAUUCCUAGUAGUGAUCUUCAUAUUCUUCCUUCACCUUUACGUCAAGUGGUCCAGGAAUCGUCGCCGGCAAGAAGCCAAUGGCAGCACAGAGCGCCGCCACAAAGUCAAAGUUCAGGGACUUGACCAAUCCAUCUUUAUAACAAUUCCCGUACUUGCAUUUGAUGCUAAAGAAUUCAAAUUACAUGGAACUCUGGAAUGUACUAUUUGUCUUUGUGAGGUCACUGAGGGUGAAAAGACAAGAUUUUUACCAAAUUGUAAUCAUGGGUUUCAUGUUGAUUGCAUUGACAUGUGGUUUCAAUGCCAUUCCACUUGUCCUCUUUGUCGUAACGAAGUUUCCACGACAUCAGAGGUUGAAGCUUCAACAGAGUUGCCGAAUUUCCCAACCAAUGUGCUGUAUUGGGGAAAUGAGACUCAAGUUAGCACCUUGUGUAGUAAUCCUUGUUUGGGCUCAACAGCAUCUACGAGUAAUAAUCGGCCACAUGGAAUGUUGGUGAUCGAUAUUCCAGGGCGAAUUAGUGAAGAAGAGUCGAAAUCUGUAAUGCCUGAAAGACUGAGGCGUUUGAUGAGGCUUUUGAGCGGGGACAGAAGGGUAUUUAGUCCUUCUAGUUCGCAAAAUGUAGAUAUAGAACAAGGAGGUGGUAGAAGCCCGAGCUAGCAUAGACUCAGAGAUCGAUCCAAGAAGUGAGUGUGGUUCCCUUUAUAUAUGCCUGUUUGUAGUACAUACUAUAAUGCAUAUGUAAUUAAGGUAUAGAUCUAGUUCAUUGAUUCUUGAUGACACUUUGGUGUCUGCAUCUUUUAGGUGUCUAUAUAUAGUGGAUAUAUUGUACAUGUAUAGGCUUCUCUCUGUUUGAGAAUAGAGGCAAUCUAUCUUCUCUUAACAGAAGAGGUUACAAGUAUUUUUUGUCAAUGUAAGCUGUGAACUUUCAUGUAUUGUCCGGCUGCUGCAAUCUAGAUAUAUAAUUUACACCUCACUUGAAUUAUCUUCGCAUGAAUUUGGUUUCUUCAGGAAAUAGUACUCGUAUUUUCUA